AUGUCUUCAUUGUGUUGUGGUGAUUUAUACGAGACUGCUCAGUCUGCGUUGGCCAAAAACGAUUUAAAAUGCCUUAAUGAGCUUUAUUCUCGUUUAUUGGUCGACGUUCGACCUAUGUUUACUAACGAGCAGCUGUUAGAUAGAAUUUAUGACCCCGACCAUACUCUGUGUCGAAAUUUUGGAGCUGAAAUAUAUGUGCCAAAGCACGCUCAUGACGGAAAGACUUGUACUGCAAUAAGAUCUGAAGCUUCUGGCAAUUGCCUCUACAGUUCAGCUUCCCUAGUUCUGGUAGUGUCUAAAGAAUGUUUAGACACUGGAUAUACAACAGAUGAACUGGUAAAACAGGAGGCUAUUUUAAAUUGUAAUGACCAGAAAUGGUCAUCUUUUCUUUGUAUUUUGGGCCUAUCUUCUGUUUUAGCCCCGUUAUUAAGCCAAAGAGGUUUGGAUGCUAUUAAUAUUUUGUUUUGUCAUGAAGGAUCUGUACAACCAGGUGAGACUUUUCAGUCUAAUCAUUUUGUGCCUCUCAUUUUCCAUGCCCACAGGUUGAAGCGAAAAUUGUCUAAUUCCUGUACACAGUCUAAUUCUAGCAGCUCAACAACAGAGAAACGAAAAUUUGUCAAAAUUUUUCCAAAUAUUGCACCAAAAACAGUUGACAUUUCAAAUUUUUUUACUUCAACUAAUAGGCCUGCUGCCCAACCAACUUUUAAAAGGAUGCCCAAUGAGAGUUUUUCUUCUGCUGCAGCUCUUGCUCAGACAUUAAAUAAAGCCAAUAGUCUUUUGCUUCACACAUCAUCCCAGGAACUAUUGCCUGGUAUUCCAACUUCUGGUGAUAUGCAACCUGCUGUUUUAACCCAUAAUUUUGAUGUUUCCUUGUAUAGGGAGAAAGUUAAGGGUAUGGAUAAUUCUGAAAUAUGUCAUUUGAUAAAAAAUGUAUAUAAACCAGAUAAAAAGUAUCAUUUUCCUAAAUCUAAUGGCAGAUCAUUUAGGCAUGAUUGGCUAGACCAGCAUGAAUGGCUUUGCUAUUCACCUUCACAAAAUGGUACUCUGCAGCCUAUCGAGAUGAUCAUGGAUGCUGGUAUCAAGAAAGAAAUAGAACAGAAUAGGGAAAUACUAUCUCCAAUUAUUGAUUCUGUCAUUUUUUGUGGACGUCUAGGUUUACCUCUUCGUGGGCAUCGUGAUGAUUCCAAGUAUCACCCUACUGUUGGUUGUUAUUCAUCUGGAGGGGUUGGUAAUUUCAUUGAAACACUCAAUUAUGGAGUUAGGAGAGGGGAUAAAGUUUUAGAAAAUCAUUUAAAGAAUUGUGGUAAGAAUAGAAUUUAUAUUUCUAAAACAAGUCAAAAUAAAAUCAUUAAAUGUUGUGGCCAGUGGGGACUAAGUGGUGCUCAACUUGCCAAGCUACUUUUAGAGGCUCUAAAGGAACUGACUUUAUCAAUAGAUGAUUGUAGGGGGCAAGGUUAUGAUGGGGCUGGUUCAGUUGCUGGUUGCACUAAUGGUCUAGCAGCUCAAAUUUUAAAGCUUAACCCAAAGGCUCUUUAUACACACUGCUAUAGUCAUAGGUUAAACUUAUCCAUUUGCGAUUCUUUGAGUAUACGUGUUGUCAAUGAUAUGUUGAAACAUGUUAACAAUGCCACUAAUUUUAUUAAAAUUUCCCAAACUCGCAAUAUUCCCUUUGAAAACAUAUACGUAAUUCAGAAACAAACUCGAAAAGACUAG